AUGGAGCCUUUGGACCCUGGCGGCCCCUCCGCGCCCCUCGUCGCGGACGGCGCAGGGACAGCACGCGCGAGGCCGAGCGGCGGAGUGGUGUUCACUCCGCUGUACGGCACACACGCCGACGAGCCGCUGUGCUACCACCUGCGGCUCGGCCGCCUGCACCUGCUGCUGGACUGCGGCUGGACCGACCUGCUCGACACGGACCUGCUCGAGCCGCUGCGCGCCGUCGCGCCCGCAAUCCACGCGGUGCUGCUCUCCCACCCCGACAUGGAGCACGCGGGCGCGCUGCCGUACGCGUACGCGCAGCUGGGGCUGCGCGCGCCCGUGUACUGCACCGUGCCGGUGGCGCGGCUGGCGCAGCUGAUGCUGUACGACCAGUUCCUGGCGCGGCGCAGCGCGGGCGACUUCGACCUGUUCUCGCUGGACGACGUGGACGCCGCGUUCGACGGCGCCGUGCGCCUCAAGUUCUCGCAGCCGCACGCCGUGGGCGAGGAGCGGGACGGCGUGAGCGUGACGCCGCUGGCGGCGGGGCACCUACUGGGCGGCACGAUAUGGCGGAUAUCCGUGGACACGGAGGACCUCGUGUACGCCGUGGGGUUCAACCACAGGGAGGAGCGCAUACUGGGGCGCACGGUGCUGGACACGGCGGUGGUGCGCCCCGCCGUGCUGAUCGCGGACGCGGGCACGGCGCUGGUGGCGCCGGUGAAGCGCAAGCAGCGCGACCAGCAGCUGGCGGAGGCUAUCAGCAGCACGGUGGGCGAGGGCGGCAGCGUGCUCAUGCCCGUUGACACGGGCGGGCGCGUGCUGGAGCUGCUGGUGCACUUGGAGCAGCUGUGGGCGGCGCAGGGGUGGGAGGUGCCGGUGGUGGUGGCGACGGGCGAGAGCUACAGCAUGGUGGAGGGCGCCAAGGCCAUGCUCGAGUGGCUCAACCCCUCCACUGCGCGCCACUUCGAUGCCCAGCGCACCUCGCCCUUCAACUUCAAGUACAUCCGGCUGUGUCACAGUGUGGAGGAGGUGGAGGAGGUGCCGGGGCCCAAGGUGGUGCUGGCGUCACUCGCCAGUCUCGAGGCCGGCUUCGCCCGCGCGCUCUUUGUGCGCUGGGCGCCCGACCUGCGCAACACUCUGCUCUUCACCUCUCGCGCUCCGCCUGGCUCCCUCGCGCACACGCUGCAGACCCAGGUGGGGGCCCAGGUGGCCGGGUGGUGCUCUCGUCCAUGCCCGCCCCACGUGCUGCCUGUCCACUUCCGGGCCUCACGCGCGCGUCGCCCCUCCCUCAUGCGCGUGUCGCCCCGAUUGCGACUUAUGUUCCUCCCUGCACACCCUUGCUCACGUUCAUCCCUGCCACAAUCGUCACCCUUCCCUCCCCUGCCCUCGACUCCAUAA